GUUCGGGGAGGUGCCGGGUGGUUGCGGUCGCGGCGAGAGAGGGAGGGAGGGGGCUGGCGGCUGCUGCUCAAGCUCCACCAUGACCAGAUGAACACGCGGGGAAUGAAAUUAAAAUUCCGUAAAGGAGAACGAGUUCUCUGCUUCGAGCCAGACCCAACUAAAGCCAAGGUUUUAUAUGACGCCAAGAUUGUGGAUGUAGAAGUUGGUAGAGAUGAGAAAGACCGAAAAAUCCCAGAAUAUCUGAUUCAUUUUAAUGGUUGGAACAGAAGCUGGGAUAGAUGGGCAGCAGAAGAUCAUGUACUUCGUGACACGGAUGAGAAUCGCAGAUUACAGCGUAAAUUGGCCAAGAAAGCUGUGGCUCGCAUGAAAAACAAAGGGAAAAAGACACGUCGUUGCCGGCUGCCUGGUGUUGACUCAGUGCUAAAAUGUCUUCCUGUUGAUGAAAAAGAAGAGAAUGAUGAAAACUCUUUAAGUGCUACUUCAAUUGAUGAGGUUGAGGACGAUGGUGAUGACGAUGAAGACGAUAUAGAUGGUUCAGAUGAAGAAUUAUUAGACUGUGAAGAUGACAGUGAACCAGACGAGAUAAUAGAAAUGAAGGAAGAUCAAGAGACUUGCUCGAAAAAAGAAAUGGACGAAAAAAGCAUAAAUAUAGAAAUUCCAGAAAUUUUGAAGAAGAAAUUAGAGGAUGAUUGCUAUUAUAUCAACAAAAGGAAAAAGGUAAGACUUACUUGUGAAAUGAAUGUGUCUGAUUUCUUAUUUUGCCAAUUCUAAUCCUACGUGAAACAUUUUGCGAUUAAUGCGGCUUUUUCAGCCAAUGAAAGAUCUCGGCAUCAUCAAAGCAACACUCAGAUUCCAAUGAAUCCUCAUUACAUCCCACCUGAGAAGAAUGUUGAACUUUGUAAAGAAAUGGUGGACGGUUUAAGAAUCACAUUUGACUUUUCUCUGCCUAUGAUUCUGCUCUAUCAGUAUGAGCAUGCACAAUUCAAGAAGAUUACUUCAUCCAAAUUUUAUGUUCCAAUCAAGGAAACAUUGUCACAUAUUAGACCUCCGAAGGAACAUUCACCGAGCCCCCCUCCUCUUCUGAACCCAUCAACACCUCAAUCCACAGACAGCCAGCCAUUGUUGGGAGACUCUUCAACACCAAAGAGACGGAGGAUUGAUCCUGAAUCCAUUCAUUCGUUGAGGCGAUCCACAAGGCAUGCUUCAGGCUGUGAUAGAUUGUCUGAAAGCAGUGCAUCUCCUCAAUCAAAACGCCGGUUUUAUGAAACUGCUACUCAAAUGCCCAGAUUACUUUUACAUUUAGAAAAAAAAACUCCUGUCCACAGUGGGAGUUCAUCUCCUGUCGCCCUCACACCCAGUAAAGAAGGUGUUGCAGUGUUUGAUGGCAGAAGAAGUAAUGAAUUAAACGAGGUAUUAUCUUGGAAAAUGAUGCCAGAUAAUUACCCAUUAACUGAACAACCUCCUGCGCCCUCUUACAUCUAUGGAGCUCAGCAUCUUUUGCGACUGUUUGUGAAGCUGCCAGAGCUGUUGGGCAAGAUGUUAAUUACUGACAGGAACCUGAAAGUCUUGGUGAAGCAUCUCAAGUUGUUUCUUCGGUUUUUGGCUGAAUACCAAGAGGAUUUUUUCCCUGAAUCUGCUUAUGUAGCUGCGUCAGAAGCUUACUAUUGUACCAAACGUCCUCAGGCUAUCUACUGAAGCAUUAACAGAACUGUGAAUUAACCUUCGUAGUCACUUUUAGCCUUGUGGUUACAGAUUAAAGAAAGUAAAUGAUCUUCAGCAGCUAAGAACAAAAAGAGGGCUUAUGUUCUCUUACGUGGUGCUGCCUACUGGAAAUCUGUUGACAUUACAAUGUGGAGAUGGACCACUUUUUUUUGAACUUGCCAAUUUGGCUUUCAUCUCUGCUUGACAUUGUGCAUGUCAUCCAGUUCUCCUUUGAUGAAUCAAAUGACUGCAAAUUGAAGUCUCCUGCAAACAGACUAAAUGCAUUCUGAAAUACAAGCUGCCUUUAUUGAACAAGGCUUGAUUCAUUUCUGCACAAAAUUGUUUUGAUGUCCGUCUGAAAGUAAUAAGGAACUACAUUUUAAUGUGAGAUUCUAAAACGUUGCAUUGAAAACAAUGUAUUAUUUGCAGGAAUGUUUCCUUUACUGAUUAGAAAUAAAUCUUUGCUGUGUGGUAA